AAAUAUUGCGGGAAACGAAACAAAAUCCAUCCCAGCCAGCAAAACAACAACCAUGGCGGAUUGCAGUGCAGCAGGAACGACUAUUGAUCGAGCGGCUCGCGCAGUCCUCGGUGGAGCGGGAGCUUCAUCCGUUUCUACCGUCACCAAGCACGCCGGUGCGGUUCUUGGACAUGCUUCGAUGUUAGCUGGUACGAAUAUGAAUGUUGCUGCAUCCAUGCCACUGGAGUCACCGGAUCAUCUGGUUAUGCCUGGUGCUGCGUUGAACUCCAGCAAUCCAGUCACCAUCCCUCCUGCGGCACAGAAUGUUCGUUCGAUCCAACAACACGAGCCUAUGUUGGCAGACGCCUCUCAACAGCAUCAUCUUCAUCACCCAGCAGCAUCUAUCACACCAAGCAACAUGACGGCCCCGCUCUACCAACAGCAGCAGCUUCACCACCAUCACCAACAGCAACAGCAGAUGAAAAUGAAAAUGCAAAUGCAGAUGCAGAUCCAAUUGCAACAGCAACAAGUUAUGACAAUGAUGUUGCAUCAACAGCAGCAACAGCAACUUAAAAUACAACAACAAAAACAACAGCAGCAGCUGAAGAUUGAUCAAUCCGAAGAGGCUGCAAUCACAGAGCAUCAGCCUCAAGCUACAGAGAAUGAGUGGUUCGAUGAUCUGGAGGAUGACUUUCAACGAGAAGGAGGAGACAUAAUCGACUCUUUGAACGAUGAAGCUGUUCACGCUAUUACCGGAGGAGCAGGUAUCGAUGAGUUGGCCGCUGCAUGGGCGGAAGCAGAGGCAGAAUACGACAGUGUACUUUUGGAUCAUGAACUGCAGGAAAAGAGUCAAGAAGGGGAAGUACUAGUGGACGAUGAUUAUGCUAAUUUAUGGCAGGGUGAAAACAGCAAUCUGCAACCCCUCACUUCAGAGCCUAGACCCUACGAAUUUAUCAAUCCUGUGUCUCUCGACGGUGGCAACACUACUGCUACUAAUAGCUCUACUUCUAACUCCAAGAACUACAUGGAAGAAGGCAUGAAACAGUUUAGAGAGGGAAAUAUCAAAGAAGCGAUAAGAUCCUUCGAGAUGGAACUCCAGAACCAGAACAUGGACAAUGCCACGGCGUGGAGAAUGCUAGGCAACUGCCACGCCGAAAACGAUCAGGACCCGGAAGCCAUCCAGUGUUUUGAGGCCGCGGUGGAACGAGACCCCUUCUGCCCGGAAGCCUUGCUGGCACUCGGGGUCAGCUACGUCAACGAACUGAACCACGAGCGGGCACUCGAAAACAUGAAAGCCUGGUUCACCCACAAUCCAAAGUAUGCCGGAUUGGAAUUCGAUGCGCUUCCGGAGACCAACACCGCGCCAGGGGACGACAUCUACGGGGCGGCUCUCGAACGAAACACCGCGGACGAUGUCACGGGAAGCCACCGGAGCGCAAAAGAAUCGGCGUUCGACGAAGCGAAACGGAUGCUGCUUGCGGCCCUGGAGUACGACCCGACCGACGCUGGGGAUCUGCACGAGGCUCUGGGGGUCAUUUACAGCGUGAUCAAAGACUACGAUUCCGCAGUGGAUUCCUUCCGCAAGGCGCUCGAAACCCGCCCGGACGAUUACCAGCUGUGGAACAAGCUCGGGGCAACACUGGCCAACGGGAGCCAGCCCGAUCAGGCCCUUCCCAUGUAUGCCCGGUCGCUGAAACUGAAACCGAAGUACGCCCGGGCGUGGCUGAACAUGGCCAUUUCUCACAGCAACCUACAGGACCACGACGAAGCCGCCCGUAGCUAUCUCCAGACAUUGUCGCUAAACCCGGGAGCUACACAUUGCUGGACCUAUCUUCGAAUGUCCCUCUCGAGCAACGAACGAUGGGAUUUGUUGCCCCUGGUAUUUGAAAGAAAUCUCGAAGGCUUUCAAGAGCACUUCGAUUUCGUCUUAUACAGCUAGUGCUCGAUUUUCGAACGUCUGCCAUAAGUAGUGCGUGCAGGAAGGGUAUCAUAUCAAUUUUAAAUUACGAAUCUCAAGGCACGAGAUGGAAAGCUCGUAUUGUCAUGAGAAAAAUCGAUUGUAUUGAUUUGUGAAAAUCCGAUGUAGAAACCUAGAAAAGCGUUUGUCGGCGACGAAACUCAAAAACAAAACCAAUAAUUUAUUAUCUCGUUC